GUGGUGAAGGUGCGAUGCGUUAGCGUUAGUCGUUUACCUCAAGUUGCGUGCUCGGUUGUGUGUAAACAAAAAAUAGUGUUACCUCGAGUGAAGAUUAUGUGCAUGUAUUUGGAGAUGACGACAGUAUGGAGUAUGAUUAUUAGUUUGACAUGCCCAGCGCUGGCAGAUCGCGACGUUCUGUAAAAAUGGCAGCGAUUGGUGGCUUCUCUCAGGUUAAUUUUUGCAGACGGCCAAAGAAGAAAGUUAGUUGACGUUCAACCACCGAGUUCGCGAGUGUUCUGCUACAGCCCUCUUUAACCUCUUAAAAGGUGGGCUUUUAAUUCGUGUAACAUUCCAAAAUAAUUGAAGACCAUAACUUAAUAUAGUUUUGUUUGUAGUGAGUUAAGUUUGAAAGAAAAAUGGUGCCGGUAAUUCGUAGGGUUUUAAUUUCGCGUUUCGUUUUAGGUCGAUAAAUUUGAUAGUAAACAUUUCAUCGAUUUGAUACGAUGGUCAAAGGCUGUAGUCGCAGAGUCGCUCCUCCCAUAUCUCUCACAGCCACCCUGGAGGAUCCUGCUGUGUCCUGGAAGGGGCCACCCCCAGAGCCCCAGUCUUUUACUUCUAACUCAUCUCAGAACUUUUCUAGUCCCAACACGGGCUACCAAGGCCCUCCCUUUCAGGGGCCCCCGGCAGGGGCUGGUUCCCCUGCUGGAGCCCCCCCAUACUCUGGAGGCCCCCCACCAGGCUCAUCCACUCCGCAGUACACUGCAUCUCCUGCUCCUUCUGGAUCCUCGACGCCAGGUCCAGGCCCCCCUCAACCUGGGGGGUUUCCCCCUCCCUCUAAUUCGACGGGACCUCCUUACAAUGGGCCGGGGCCUUUUGGCUCACCUUCAGGAGGUGGACCACAAUUUGUUGGAAGACCAAACUCAUCUGGCCCUCCAUUUGUGGGAGGUCCCCCUGGAGGUGCCAACCCCCAUUUCUCUUCCCCCGGACAGCCUUUUGGUGGUCAUCAGUUUGGAAUGCCUCCAGGAUCACCAUUUGGACAUGGGCCCAUCCCCGGACCUAUUCCUGGACAUGGGAUUAUGCCUGGACAAAUACCUGGACCAAACCCUGUUGACAGGAUAGACCAGGGGUGUGUGCCUGUUCCCAGGAGACAUACGCCGUACUUCGGCCAGCCGGACUACCGGAUCUACGAACUCAACAAGCGGUUGCAGCAACGCACCGAGGAAAGUGAUAACCUGUGGUGGGAUGCAUUUGCGACCGAGUUCUUUGAAGAUGAUGCGACUCUCACGCUAACCUUGUGUUUAGAAGAUGGGCCGAAGAGAUACACGAUAGGGAGGACGUUAAUUCCACGGUAUUUCAGAAGUAUAUUUGAAGGUGGUGUGACCGAAUUGUAUUAUAACCUAAAGCAUCCAAAGGAAUCAUUUCAUAACACGAGUAUUACAUUAGACUGUGAUCAAUGCACCAUGGUGACGCAUCAUGGAAAGCCUAUGUUUACUAAGGUUUGUACGGAAGGUAGACUGAUCCUAGAGUUUACGUUUGACGACCUGAUGAGGAUCAAGUCGUGGCACCUAGCAGUAAGAACUCACAGAGAGUUGGUCCCUCGCUCUGUUGUGGGACUACACACUCAGCAGGACCCCGGCAUGCUGGACCAGCUGACCAAGAAUAUCACACGCCAAGGCAUCACCAACUCCACCCUCAACUACCUCAGGCUGUGUGUGAUCCUGGAGCCGAUGCAGGAGCUCAUGUCCAGACACAAGGCAUACGCGUUGCCUCCCAGAGACUGUCUCAAGACCACUCUGUUCCAGAAGUGGCAGAGAAUGAUCGCUCCCCCAGAAUCACAACGUCCUGCUAACAAGCGACGGAAAAGGAAAGGUUCUCAAAGUGGUGGUGCUGCGAAUAAUGCUCCUCCUCUGCCAAAUAAGAAGAGAUCACCGGGUCCCAACUUCUCCUUAGCAUCUCAGGAUGUGAUGGUGGUGGGCGAGCCGUCUCUGAUGGGAGGAGAGUUUGGUGAUGAGGACGAGAGACUGAUCACACGGCUAGAGAACACGCAGUACGAUGCAGCCAACAGUCUGGACCAUGACGCACACUCCUUCACAGAGACUGGGCCUAACUCAUGGGGUACAGGGGGCGAACCUGCCCGCGGACCCCCCCAAGCCCCCUCGAGUCAGGACUCUGACAAAAAGUCCCCGGCAGUCAGUCAGUGAUAUAAGCCCCUACAGUAAUCUCUUACUUAUCAGUAUUCAACUGCUUGUUGAUAAGCGGGUUUGACUAUUUUCUAUAUUUAUUUCCUAGAACGGACUUAAUCGGAACAGCAAUUAGUGCAGUGUCGGCUCCUGCCUCUACCAAAGUUCUGCUUGCGACGUGAGAGUGGGGAAGGACGAGUAUUAUCGUUUUUAAGAUGUGAUUUUUAUAUAAUAGGUGCAAUUUUAUGAAUGAGAACUUUUAAGUUAAAAGAAUCACAGUGUCAGUAAAAAAGUGAGGAAAUGUAGCAAAGUUUUGGUAAAGACAUAGAUUUGGCUGAAUAGUAUUUUUAAUAUUCAAUCAUCAAAAAUCUGGGGAAUGUUUAUAAAGCAUUUUUCUGUGGGUAGUCUUUUGAUAGCUUGAAAAAAGUCCUUUGUUAGAUGUCUAAAACCAAAAGUUUUGUAUCUCAAAAAUUAAAACUAACUUAAAAAAUUGAAUAUUGAACAUCAAACGCAAAACUUUUUACCUGUCUGGUUAAGGUUACAAACAAACAAAAAAAAACAUGUAAUAAUAAAAUGUUUUAUGUAAUCAAAACUGAAAUGAAUUGGACUACUACUGACCCUGGCAUAAUAACAAGUAUAUUUAUUAUUCAACUAAUAUACUUAAACCUAAAAAGAUAAUUUUCCAUUAACAAUAAUAUAAAUUAAACUGUUCAUACUGAUAUAAUUAUGUGAAUAUGAUAUCAAUUUGAACAUUUAUUAAGAAAUCAAUCUUAAAACUCGCCGAUCAAAUCUCAAAAGUGCAUCUUUUCCAAAGUUUGGGUGGUUUUGAGUUUCUGGGUGGUUUUUAUCCAGACGGUGUCACUAUUAGAUAGAAUCAUAAUUGAUAGUCAAUUGGCAAAUAGCAUGUUCUAUUAGUUCACUGAAAUGGUAAUAGCUAUAUUAAAGUAGCGGGUUUCAAUUGUUUGUCAACAAGCUAGCACCUUCAGUGUUUACAUGAUUGACCCUUCUU